AUGAUUGCACUGAUCCAACAUACGAAGUUCCAAGUACAAAAAAAACAAAUACCAGUACACCCUAGUCCGUUAAAGUCAUCAAGUAGUUCAUCAUCUUCUUCGUCUUCCUCGUCCUCAUCGUCUUCAGAAUCUUCCAGUGAUAGUUCCGAUACAGAAUCCUUUAAUGGACAGAGUAAAACACAAGUAAACAUCACUCAGGUAACCGCAGAAAAGGAAUCCAAACAAAGAAACACUGAUGCAUCUAUAACGACAGAUAUUUCAAUAAAUCAAAAAUUCAGUGCAAAUACUACAUCACAAGAAGAAACAAAGAAAGGAAGAAAACGCAAGCGAAACGAAGAAAACUGGAAACAGAAUAAAGCAAAAAGUCUAAGAAAUACUGGAAAGCAAUAUAUUAGUAAGACAAAUAAAACAAUCAAAUCUCGUUCUGUUCAACCACCUUGUGGUGUUAAAUGUAGGCUCAAAUGCUAUGAAAAAAUAACUGCAGAACAAAGACAGAUAAUUUUUGAUAUGUACUGGAAUCUCGGCCAGGUUAAUGCUCAAAGAUCCUUUAUUAUGUCUUGUAUGAGUAAUAUAACCCCACGAUAUAAAUAUACAAAUGCACGCAAUCCCAGGAAUUGCAAUCAAGCAUUCCACUUCUUAGUGAACGGGCAAUCAGUACGUGUCUGUAAAACAUUUUUUAUUAAAACCUUAGAUAUUUCGGAUCGUGUUAUACGUACUGUAAAAGAGAAAAUAGAUAAACACGGAAUUUUAGCACAAGAUCAGAGAGGACAGCACAGCAAUCAUAUAAAGAUUGAUGAACAACUACUCUCCGACAUUAAACAGUUCAUAGAUGGGAUACCGAGGAUUGAAUCCCAUUAUAUUAGGCAAUAUUCUACUCGUGAGUACAUUGAUGGAGGGAAAACAAUUUCAGAUCUUUUCAGGGACUUUGUAGAAGCUCAAAAUAAAAAUAAUAAAGUGAUAAAAGUUAACAGAGAUACACCUUUUUCAUUUUUCGUUAAAAAUUCUUACAAAGAAAACGAAUACCAGGAAGUAAGCAUUAGAAACAAAAGAAAGAAAAUGCUGCCUCUGAGUGAAAUUAUACCUACUAAUGUCUACACACAAAAACAAGAGCUAAGUGAAAAUAAGAAGAAAGAUCUGAGAGAGUUACUGGAAAAAAAAUUGAUUUUUUUUUUUAUUUUCUAUUUCUAUGUUGUUUUGAAGAAUACUGCAAUAAAAGACUAUAUAGAUAUAUACACU